AUGCCACCCAAAAAGUCCCCCGCAGGCAAAAAGUCCGCCUCAGGCCUCACACGAGCAUACCUCUUCCUGUACAACCUGCUCAACUUUGCUCUCUGGGCAACCUGCACCAUCCGCACCGCACUCGCGCUCUUCGAGAAAUACCAACAAGAUGACCUCCAAACCAUCUCCAAUAUCCCGACGGAGAUCUUCCCGCUGUUGUUGAUAACUCAAUCCCUCGCCGGUCUCGAAAUCUUUCACUCCCUCAUCGGCGUCGUCCGCGCACCCGUGAUCACAACAGCGAUGCAGGUCGCUUCUCGAUUCGCGGUUGUCUGGGGCAUUAUGUACGCCUUCCGCGAAGGGUCGGGGUUGUACGAUAGUGUUUUGUCGAAAUACUUCCCUGAUAUCCCCUUUGUGCAACAAUCCGUUGGUGAAGGGCUGAUGGGCGUUCCUGGUAAAGUUCAGUAUGGUGACUUUGCGUUCUUUGGAUGCAUGUUUGCUUGGGGGAUAACGGAGUGUAUUCGUUAUGGAUUCUUCGUGUUGCAGCUUGGUGGGUUGUCGGUGCCGGGGUGGUGGCAGUGGUUGAGGUACAACACCUUCUUCGUCCUGUAUCCCAUUGGCAUCUCCUCUGAAUGCUUUUUCAUGUACCUCUCGCUCGACCAUGCGGAGAAAUAUGUGCAUGAGUAUUACAAGUGGUUCUUGGUCCUUGUUUUGGGGAUUUAUAUUCCAGGGAGCUAUAUCCUCUACACGCACAUGAUGGCGCAGCGCAGGAGAGUCAUGCGAGGAAAGAGCCGUGUCGACUAA